AAAACAAGCAGCUCACUGAUCUUAUACUAUAGAAAUCUAAUUAUAGAAUUAAGUUAAGAAUUCUUUCUAGAACCAGGUAGUGAUUUAGGGAGGUUUUAUUCAGGUAUGGCUGCUGUGGAUAGCUUUCCUCUGCUGUACAGAGAGAUUGCCAGGUCAUGUGGUUGUUAUAUGGAGACGCUUGCAUUAGUGGGUGCAGUAUAUACUGCAGGUACAGCAGUGUGUCUAAUGCAUGACUGCUAUAGGUUAAUCAGACUGCACUUCAUACCCCGUCUGAUGAGCUCUGGAGACCUGGUGCACCGGUAUGGACGAUGGGCCAUCAUCAGUGGUGCAUCGGAGGACAUCGCUAAAGCCUACGCCGAGGAACUGGCGAGGCACGGCGUGAGCCUCAUCCUCGUCAGCCGGGACGUCAGCAGCGUCCGGGAUUCCGCCGCGUCCAUCUCCGAGGCUCACGGCGUGGAGACGAUCUCGGUGGAGGCAGAUUUCAGCCUCGGUCCUGCAGCCUGCACCUCCAUCGUGAACGCCGUCGCAGAUAAAGACGUGGGAUUCGUGGUGAACUGUCUGAGUUCUCAUCUCCACGUCUCCCAGAGCUUCCACCGCCUGUCUGAAAGUGAACUGUGGCACGUCAUCAACGACAGCGUCUCCGCAGCAUCGCUGAUCACCCGGCUGGCACUGCCCGGCAUGGUCGAGAGACGAAGAGGGGCGGUGGUUAAUAUUUCGUCGGGGCGCUGCUGCAGAUCCUCUGAGGGGACAGUCGUGCUCUCUGCAGCCACGGCUUUCCUGGAUCAUUUCAGUCGGGCCCUGAGGUACGAGUACGCCCCUCAGGGGGUGUUUGUACAGAGUUUGGUUCCGUACAGAGUGGCCCCCCGGGAUCCCGAGGGCGGGUUCAUGACAUCGUGGUUCGUCCCGGAGCCACGCGUGUACGCCAGACACGCCCUGUCCACGCUGGGCGUGUCACACAGGACCACAGGAUACUGGCCUCACACAUUACAGCUUCGGCUCGUGCGCUGUGUGCCGGAGUGGAUCCGUCUGCUCGGAUCUCGACUGAUGUUUAGGACUGUUUAAAGUUCCUUUAUUUAUUUAUUAAGAUGUGGACUGGCUUGGAUAACACACACACAGGAUGGAUCUAACUUAAGCUACUAAUGAUUUGAGAAGAAUCAUCGUGCUGUAUUUAUCUAUAGAACAUUAAUGUAUGUAUCUGUAUCACUCUGCUGAUCACUGUCCGUUCAACUUAAGUCCUAACAGUGGCACCAGCUAGGAUUGGUGCUCUAUAGGUGAUGUUAAUAAUAAUAUUAUAGAAAAUAAAAGAUUAUU